AUGAAAAAAUCAAAGGUAGAUAGCGUUUUCUUAGCUGGAAUUCUUAAGUCAAGAGAUCUGAAAUCAUUCGGCAAUGAUAAAUGUUUUCAAUCUUUAAUAAAAGAAUUGAAAAGUCUUGAAAUUGAUGGUAUUGAAAUAAAUUCAAACGACGGCGACGGGCCGAAAAUAAAAGUACAUUUCAUCUUAGGUCUUGUGUUAGGAGAUAAUUUGGGCUUAAACACAGUUUUGGAUUUUAAUAAAUCAUUUUCAAGCAACUCCUUUUGUAGGUUCUGUAAAGUAAAAAAGUUGGAAACGAAGUCGUUGACAAUCGAACGAGAUGAUAUGUUAAGAAAUCGUUCAAACUACGAAAAAGAUGUACUUCUUAACAACCCUUCUGAAACGGGCAUACAAAACUAUUCUCAAUUAAAUGAAAUUCCAUCGUUUCAUGUCGUUGAAAAUUUUUGCGUUGACCUCAUGCAUGAUAUUUUCGAAGGGGUUUGCCAUUACGACAUUUGCCACGUAAUCGAAUAUUUUAUAAACAAAGCUUCAUAUUUUAGCCUAGAAACCCUUAAUACACGAAAACAAACAUUUCAAUAUGGUGCAAUAGAGAUUGACAAUAUGUCAGGUGAAAUAAAAAUUGCUCAGAUAAAAACUAAACAUCUAAAAAUGACAGCCCGAGAAAUGAUGACCUUUAUUUCAUUUUUUCACCUAAUGAUUGAAGAUUUAGUGCCACAUGAUGAUGAAGUGUGGAAAUUUCUCCUUAGUUUUAUUGAAAUAAUUGAUUUAUUGCUUGCAUUUGAAAUUUGCGAUGAAAUUAUCCCAAUGUUAAGAAAAAAAAUUGAAAUUCACAACCGAGAUUAUGUUCGCCUUUUUAAUGACACCUUAAAACCAAAGCAUCAUAUUUUAACGCACUAUCCUACUGUUAUAAAACAAUCAGGGCCUGUUCGUAGCUUUUGGUGUUUUAAGUUCGAAGCUAAACACAAGGAAUUUAAGCUUUAUUCUCAUGCUAUCAUGUCUCGUAAGAACAUUUGUUUGACUCUAGCCAAAAAAUAUCAACUUAAAACAGCAUUCAAGUUGCUAAACAAUAUUGAUAAUAUUUCUACAUGUUACUAUGAAGUUUAUGACAAACAUAAAAUCGUAAGUGAUUUUAAGAACUUGAUAUCUGAAAUGCUUAGAGUCCCAAAAACACAGGUUGAAUUUUAUUCUAAAGCAGAAAUCGAAGGCUACAAAUACCAACAAAAAUUUUACAUCGCUCGUUUCAUAACUGACAUUGAGUUAUAUAUAAUAGUUGAUAUUGGUCUUUUGAGAAAAAAUAAGGUUUUUUUGUUUUGCCAAAAACUAAAUAGGAUUCAGUAUAAUCCCAGUAUAUUAUCUUUUGAAGUUGACGAAAAACAGUUGGGUUCUUUUUCUAUAAUUUUCCCUAAAGAUAUUGUUGGCCCACCAAUGAAUUUAAUAAAAACUGCUACAGGCAAAAGUAUUUUAAGAGUUAAGGAGUAUUAUUUUUCAAAAUAA